AUGGAUAUAGAUGAAGAAUUAGCUAAGAAACUUAUGGCUAAGGAAUUAAAGUCUAAACAAGAGGUGCUUCUCAAAAAGAAAUCUUUAGAUAUCUCGCCUGAAGAAAGAAACCUUACUAAAGAAAACUGGGAUAUUACUGCACCCCUAAAUGGCAUGAAGUUCAAUUUAUGGCCAAGUGCAAUUUAUCCAGGUGGGCCUGAUGUAGACAUUGAAGAGCAAAGGGCGAGUACCAAUGAUGCUUAUGAAGAUGCCCUACAGUGCCUAAGGCAAUAUGUGCUCGACAUGGUUAUUGAUUUCGGUGUUGACUGGGAAAUUGGACAGCUAGGAGAAAAGGAAGCCAAGGAACCAAAUUUGGAUCUAAAUAUGGAAAAUGAGUUACCUGGGAACAAACUAAAGAAACUACAUAGAGGAGUUGUAUUCUCUUCUAAAGAUUGA